AUGGUAAUGAUUAGGACCGUUCAGAAUGAGUGUUUCGCAGACGAAAUAAAAUUGCUCGAAGGAGCGGAGAGAACCGAAGGUCGAGAUCGUUCGCGACAAAGAAAGAACCUGUUAAAGAAGUCAAGCCUUUACCGCUUAGACCCGUUCGUGUUGAAGGAGUACUCAGAUCGUGCCAUACACAUAGAAAUUCUUGAGUCUAUGGAUACAAGCGCAUUCAUUUGUGCACUUCGUCGUUUCCUAUCCAUCCGAGGACCCACCGCUAGAAUAAGAUGUGACUGUGGCUCAAACUUCAUCGGAGCUAAAUCCGAGUUUGAUCAAGCAUCUCAGGAGAUGGACGAGGGAGCACUGAAGACUUAUCUUGCUAACCAUGGCUGUGAAUGGUCCUUUAAUCCAACCCAUGCUUCCCAUUCUGGAGGAGUCUGGGAACGUCAGAUCAGCACCAUCCGUCGUGUCCCGGAGGCUAUGCUCCUAGAGCUUGGGAACCCUAAACUUACCCAUGAACUGCUCGUUACGUUGCUAGCCGAGGUUUCUGCUUUAGUGAACGCCAGUUCUAUCGCCACUGUCCUAUCCGACGUCGAAGACCCACUGCCCCUAUCACCUUCAAUGCUGUUAACAUUGAAAUCUCGCCCGCUUCUCCCACCUCCCAAGAAUUUCGUUCCACAAGACCUUUAUGCACGUCGUCGCUGGAGAAGAGUACAAUAUUUAGUGGACCAAUUCUGGGUACGUUGGCGACGGGAAUAUCUCCAGUCCCUGCAGAGGAGACCCAAGUGGAACAAGCGAGAACGCAACCUGACAGCUGGAGAUAUAGUUUUGGUGAGAGACAAGGAAGCCCACCGGAACGACUGGCAACUCGCAAGGGUCGCUGAAGCUAUUACCAGUGAAGACGGAGAAGUUAGAAAAGCAAAUGUAUUGAUUUGCAAAGAGGGAGUACGGAAGACUUACCAACGUCCUAUAAGCGAACUCGUCCUAAUCUUACAAUCUCAGGACGUUAAGAACAGUAACUAUGUUAAGUAG